AUGAUGAACGCCAACGGUUUUUUCUUCUUCAAGUUCAAUGAUGAAGUUGGGAUGUUGAACGUCCUCAAAGAUGGUCCGUGGAUUAUCAGGUCUCAACCGUUGUUUCUGAAUAAAUGGACUCCUACGACCAAAUUGGAAAAGAAAGAAGUAAAGCAAGUGCAAAUCUGGGUGAAAAUUCAUGAGGUCCCGAUUGCGGCCUAUACGGAAGAUGGUCUUAGCCUGAUAGCUACCACAAUUGGGGAGCCGAAGAUGCUGGAUUCUUUUACCACGUCUAUGUGUACGGAUUCAUGGGGCCGUAGUAGCUAUGUUAGAGCUUUGGUGGAAAUUUCGGCUGAAAAGGAGCUUCGUGAAGAGAUCACAAUGGCGAUACCUGAACCUGAUGGGGAGGGUUAUAUUAAAGAGACUAUGUACGUGGAAUAUGAAUGGAGCCCACAUCGUUGUGCUACAUGUUGCGUGUUUGGUCAUUCAAACGAGAUGUGUCCGAAAAAGCCAAUUAAAUCAAGUAAUGCUAGACAAGAGGAUCAUAAUCACAAUAUUCAAAGAAACAGGCAAGUGAAAAAGUUACCGAAUGUGGAUCAGGAUGAUUAUACUUUUCAUGGUAAGAAAGCUGCUAGAAAGAUUGGUAUUCCGGUGAACAAACAAAAAAACAAAUUUGAAUAUCGGCCAGUGGGUUCAAAAUCUAAGCCGAAUGAGGUUAAUGGCUCAACUUCAAAUGCUCUCAAGUCGAAUAACCACUUUGACAUUCUGAAUAAAGUAGACUCGGAAGCGGGUACAAGCAAGAAGGUGACGGGUGGGGGCCUUGAGGAGACGGAUGAUGAUGAGGUUGAAGACGUUUAUAAUGAAACGGAUGAAUUUAUGGUGCAAGGUUCGCUGAAUUUGAAUAGUAAACAAGGGGCAUGCACUCCUUCUCCGAUAGUUACUGAUGGGUCCCAUGUUGAUGUUGAUAAACUGGGUAAAGUGUGUAGAGCUGUGUUUCGAUCUUGGGAUUGGACUUCGAAUGGAGGUUGUUGUGACAAAGACAACUAUUAUGUUUCCCGUAGGGAGCUAUGGCACCAUCUUUCUAUGCAUAAAGUCCUUGUUGCGAAGAGGCCUUGGUUUAUUAUGGGUGAUUUUAAUUUUGCACUUAACAUAGAAGACAAAUCAAUGGGUACUUCUUCUAUAUCUAUUGGUAUGAGGGAGUUUCAAGCGUGUGUGGAUGAAAUCGAAGUUUUUGAUAUUAAUCGGAUGGGUAUUCAUUUUACAUGGAACCAAAAGCCUAAAAAAGGUGUUGGGCUUCUAAAGAAAAUUGAUCGGGUGAUGGGAAAUACUCCGUUUGUGGAUGAAUACCCGAACUCGGUUGCCAUGUUCAAGCCUAAUAGACUUUCGGAUCAUUGUCCUUGUAUCCUAUCUAUCCCGGAAGCUAUGAAGCUGAAACCGAGGUCUUUUAAGUUCGCUAAUUUCUUGGUUUUUAAACCAGAAUUUCUAGAUAUUGUUAAAAAGCAUUGGGAAACUAACGUUGAUGGGGUGCACCAAUUUCGAGUUGUCAAGAAACUUCGCUUUCUUAAAAACCCGCUUCGUUCGUUGCUAUUCAAACAAGGCAACCAUCACAAGAAAGUUGAAAGACUUCGGAUGAGGUUAGAUGUCAUUCAGAAAAUAUUGAUCAGGACCCGCUAA